UGUUCUUGUCUCGGGGGCUGGGUGAGGGCAGCCGUCAGGUCCCCCUCGCCCUUCUGUUCAGGGCCUGGGAUCAGGGAGCGAGUCCCCGGCGGGGCGUGUAUCAUGGGACUACUCUCGACCUUCAGGGGCGCGACCCGGUGUUGCUCCGGUCACUUCGUCACCCGUCAUUUCUCCCAAGCAGCGCGACGUGGGGUGCGGCCUGGCGGGGAGGAGCUAAGCCGUCUGCGGCUGGAUGACCUGCCGCCGACGCAGCGGCUGGAGCUUCUGUUUGGCCUGUCCCCAUGUCUGUUGGCACUGCAGGCCGCCCGCCGCCGCGUGGCCAGGCUCCUGCUCCAGGCCGGCAAGGCCGGGCUGCAGGGGGAGCGGGCCGAGCUGCUCCGGGCGGCCGAGGCGCAGGGCAUUCCAGUUCUGCGGCCCAGACGGCAGAAACUGGACUCCCUGUGCAGCUACCAGGUCCACCAGGGCGUCUGCUUGGAGGUGAGCCCUCUGCGGCCCCGGCCCUGGACUGAAGCUGGGGAGGCUAGCCCAGGCGACGACCCCCAGCAGCUGUGGCUCGUCCUCGAGGAGCUUCAGGAUCCCCGGAAUCUUGGGGCUGUGCUGCGCUCCGCUCACUUCCUCGGAGUGGAUAAGGUCAUCACUAGCCAGAGAAACAGCUGCCCGCUCACUCCAGUAGUCAGCAAGGCCAGCGCGGGGGCUAUGGAGGUGAUGGACGUAUUCUCCACUGAUGAUCUGACCGGUUUUUUACAGGCCAAAGCCCGGCAGGGCUGGCUCGUGGCUGGCACAGUGGGCGGCCCGAGGCCUGAGAUCUCCCAGUCCUCCGAGAUCCCUAUCACUAGUUGUUUAGAUUUCCUCUGGGACCGGCCUACUCUCCUCGUGCUGGGGAACGAGGGCUCUGGUCUGUCCCAGGAAGUGCAGGCCUCCUGCCAGCUUCUCCUCACCAUCCUGCCCGGGCGCCAGCUGCCUCCUGGACUCGACUCUUUGAACGUCUCUGUGGCUACAGGAAUUCUUCUUCACUCCAUAUGCAGCCAGAGGAAGAGUUUCCCUGCAGACAGGGAGAAGGCACCUUCUUCAAGACCCCCAAGAACUUGAGCCACGUCUGAAGGACUCAGAGUGGCUCAGCAUCCAGGACUGUCUUCAGGAUGGGAAAAAGGCAGAAUGGGAACUGACUGGGACCAUCUGCAGUGUGCAUGUGCUGGAGUCGGGACUGUCGCACAUACAUCCACUUGCUCCAGUGUGCGGGAGUCUCCACUGAGUGUUCACCGAGGUCCUUGUUUAUUGACCAUAGUCUUGGGGGUUUGCGGACUUUGGGGUGGAGACCAGAGAGGAAGUUCAGUUUCCUGUUUGAAUGUUGGAACUGUGGUAGGAGAUGGUAGUUUGUUAAUUUCCAGGACGGGCUGGGAUGGAGGGAGUCUGUCCACCUGGGCCCCGCCUAGAAGUCAAGGGGAAGUCUAGACACUGGGAGCGGGGCAGGCAGCCUAGUCUGGGGGUCCUGUUCCUCUUGAACCAGCUGUUGCCUGUGGCAAAUGUGAGUGUGAGAACGUAGAAGGAGGACCGGGGCCUUUGUGCGGGGUAGACUGGGCACUAAUCCAGGCUCAAAUACUGCCCCGCUGUGGGGCCUUGAGCACACAUCUUCAUCUUUAUGUGCCUCGGACCCUGGUUUGCACCUACCUCACAGGGUCGUUAGGAUCAAAUAAAACAUCAUCUGGUACCCAGUAAGCACUCUAUAAAUGGGAUAUUCCAUCGAUUUGUCCAUUAGGUGGCAGCCUCGCUCUUCAGCCCAGUUUACGGGAGGCUUCUGCAGCCACCAGGAGAGGCACGGGAACAUUAGCAAACACCUCCCACCCCACUGGUACCCGCCGCCUGGGACUCAUCAGUCAAUCCAUCUCAACGGGAGGACCAAGGACAGGCUUCCUGUUGAUUGUACAGCCUAGACAGAUUUGGCGCUCUUCCCCCAGGGUCCCACAAAUGGAGCGGAAGCCACCGGUGCUUCUCGGUCUUGGCAGCACAUUGGGACCACCUGGCAAGCUUCAAAAAACCCAACACUGACACCAGCGAGUCUGAUACAAUGGGCGCGGGCGUCAGGUUUUUCCAAGCUCCACAGGUGGGUCUAACGUGCAGGCAAGGCUGAGAACCACUAGAGCAGAGGCUCUCAGUCGCCACACUGCUGGCGUUUGGGCCCAGUGCAUCUUUGCUAUGAGGGCUGUCCUGUGCGUUGGAGGAUGUUUAGCAGCACCCAAGAUGUCUACCCACUAGAUGCCAAUAGUACGCCCCACCCCAAGUUAUGAGACCAAAAAUGUCUCCAGACAUUGUCAAAUGGCCCCUGGCAGAUAGAAUCCUCCCGGGUUGUGAACCAGUCCUGGAACACGGGUUUGGAGGAGAGCAGCCCCUAAAUUGUAAUCCUGACUGCUGUGUGACCUUGGGCAAGUUACUUGCCCACCUGUGCCUCACUCCCUCCUGGGCAAAAGGGAAAUAAUCGUGCCUCCCUGGAUUGCAGGGAGGGUAUAGAG